UGCCAUUUGAACGUUUAUCAUUGCCGUCACUGGGUUUUCAACCCUGCGGGCAGCACGGGCCAACCAAGAAAUCAAAUUCACACAGACAGACGGAGAAGGUGAACCAGCUUUAGUGGAGGAAAAUGGUUGGACAGACUUAUCAAGUUAAUGACAUUGACUUCAGCAAUUAUUUUGAAAAUUAUUCAUAUGAGUACGAUUUAGGUCCCGAUGUAUCUCCCUGCAUACCCAUGGUGAAAGCUUCGGUCAAUAUUGCACUUACUGUUGUCUACAGCCUGGUGUGUUUCCUCGCCGUGAUGGGGAACCUGGUGGUGAUGAUCGUCAUUCUUUACAACCGAAAUGUGAUCUCGUCCAUGGACGUCUACCUGCUCCAUCUGGCCACGGCUGACCUGCUCUUUGCUGUCACUCUGCCCUUCUGGGCAGUGGAUGCCACGUUUGGGUGGGUGUUUGGCGAUGCCAUGUGUAAGGUUGUCAGCAUGCUCCAGGAGGUGAACUUUUACAGUGGCAUCCUGUUGCUGGCCUGCAUCAGUGUUGACCGUUACUUUGCCAUCGUCCACUCUGCCCGCUCCCACAGACAGAAGCAGCCAUUCCUGAUCAAACUGGUCUGUGCUAUUGUGUGGAUGCUGGCUGUUCUCCUGUCUUUACCCAUCCUCUACAAGGGCAAGUUCAACUACGACAGAAAAGUCCUGUGUUACGAGUUACUCGAUGGUGAAUCGGCCCUAAUAUGGAAAAAGACCACCAGGAUUUUGCGACUUAUUAUUGGGUUUCUCAUCCCUCUGGGAAUCAUGAUCUUCUGCUACAGUGUCACGCUCCUGAAACUGUAUCAAAUGAAAGGUUUGCAGAAGCAGAAAGCCAUGAAGGUCAUUAUCGCCGUGGUGCUCGCAUUUCUCAUUUGCUGGCUGCCCUACAAUAUCACCGUGUUUGUUGACACUCUGAUGAGAAGCAAGCUCAUCGCUGAGACUUGUGACAGGCGCAAUCACAUCAAUCGGGCUCUGUCUGCAUCUCUGUGUCUGGGAUUCCUGCACUGCUGCGUGAACCCACUCUUGUACGCCUUCAUCGGGGUGAAAUUCCAGAGGAACCUGGUCAAAGUCUUGGCUAAGGCGGGUAUUGUUAAGCAAACUCUUGUAUCGAGGUACAGGAGAUCUGUUUCAUCUGUCUCUGAUUCUGGGCUUAUUUCAACCAGCGUGUACAUUACAUAUGAUGGAAGUGCUCGGGCCAGUAAGUAAGCGUUAGCAGAUGGACUGGGACUGAUAUGAACAGCAGUCCUGUUCUGGGAAUGACUGAGCAGCUGGUGAGAGGAACAAGGUUAACAGUGCAGGCUUCUGCCAAUAUUGUGGGGCUUCAACAUUUGUCCUUUGCAUUGAUUCUCUGUUGUCUU